AUGCAGUACCCAUUCGAAAAUUACGAAAGCCUGAAGGUUUUCAUAAGUCACAAGGACAUUAAAAAAUCGUCGAAAGAACCCUUGAGAAAAUGCCAUGUUUGCGGCGAUACUCUUACGAAAGCAAAAGCAGUGCUUCAUGGUUCCAUCAAACAAGAUGUUCUCGAUCACUACAAUGCAUGCGAGAGAACACGACAAAUUUUCGAAGAAACAAAGAAGAUAGAUGUUUCCGCUCUCAGAAAUCACCAGUCAUUGACAGAAAACUUAGCCGGACUUGAGGCUGGUUCUGAAACGGAACGAUCCUCGUCUUCUUCGCAUAGUUCUUCCGGUUCCAGUCAGGAAUUUAUUCCUCAAGCGACUAUUGAUAAUUCAACAGAUGAAGAUGAACAAAACGAGAUUCUCAAUUCGACAAGAGAAUCAUUUGGAGAAACAAUGAGCCAUCUUGGAGGCGCGAAGAAAAAAGUGGUUGAGAAAGUAUCGCGCGAAAUGAGUGAUCAAAUGAACAUCUUCUAUGAGACACGCGCAAUUCAUCUUCCUGAAAACUCCUUCAAUGCGCAUAUUGCGAAACACUGGCAUUCUGUUUCGAAGAAGGGAAAAAUCCAGAUCCUUGCAGCUUGCUUGCCAGAAGAAUUUCUCGGAGGCUGCGCUGAUGAAACAGUUCGGAAAUAUCUCUCAUAUUUCAAUAGAAUUUCGAAGAAAUACGCAAGAGAAAACCACCCUCAACUCAUGACAAGAGGUCAUUUUGCAGAAGCGCUGGAGCUAAAAGAAAAGCAGCUUUAUGAUAUGGAUAACAUUGAGGAGCCAGAAGGCCGUCGCUUGCGCAAAAUUGAUGAUGCGGACAUCCACUAUAUCUUGAAAUACUUAUUUUAUUCGAGCGAUGAAAGCCCAGAAACCGACGUUUUCGAAGCAUUCAAGCACCGACUCCGCGCAAAUACGUCCAAAAUUUCUUCCGAGUCUUUCUGA